AUGUCAAGCAAUCCCGAAGAAGAAUUCUUAAAACUCACUCAACAGAACGGAAAAAUCGAUGCCGACACUGUUACACAACUCUAUGAUCAGUUAAAAUCAAUUGAGCCUAGUUUCUUAUGCAAAGAUGGUGGCGAAUGGGAAGGUGGAUGUUUUGAUACUGGUCAUUCAGGUAUUGAAAUGUUAAAGAAAAUGAAUUGGGCAGGUGAAACAUUCAAGUCAGAAAAUGAUGUAGACACAGUAAUGAUAUAUGAUCAAGAUGGCAAACGUGUUUGGCUCAAAGAAUAUGGUAAUGCACAGUUACGUGAAAUUAAAUUUCGUGGUAAAGUAUCAACUGCAAUGGUAUAUGAUAAUUACCCUAUUAUCGAUCAUUUUCGUUAUGUCAAUGAUAAUAUGGUAGUAGGUGCCAUGGAUAAUAAGCUAAAACCUGCAGAGCAACAUGGUACACUUUAUUUUUUUCUUACACGUGGUAUUAAUUCCUUGAAAAAAAAUCAAUGA